GCUGUUGAGCAUAUAUUUUGUUUCAGUCCCGUUUCCCUCCAUGGUUGUCUCCUCUCUCCGACUAACUUAGCGUUUGGCUCAGUUCAUUAUACAGUCCUAUAUUCUCCCUCCAUUAGGGCAUCUCUGCCUUUGGACUGAAGAUCCCACCAAAACCCAGGAGAGAAAAGUUUAACUUUCACAGGGCAAGAUGGACAUGAAAAAGAGGAUCCACUUGGAGCUAAGAAACAGGACACCGUCUGAUGUACGAGAACUUGUCCUUGACAACUGUCGAUCAGUUGAAGGAAAAAUUGAAGGCCUCACAGCUGAGUUUGUCAACCUGGAGUUCCUCAGUUUGAUAAAUGUUGGCUUAAUCUCAGUGUCCAACCUCCCUAAACUAGGAAAACUCAAAAAGCUGGAGUUGAGCGACAACAGAAUCAGUGGCGGCCUUGAUGUUUUAGCAGAAAAACUACCCAACCUCACACAUCUAAAUCUGAGUGGCAACAAAUUGAAAGACAUCAGCACAUUGGAACCAUUGAAGAAGCUGGAUAACCUGAAGAGUUUGGACCUGUUCAACUGUGAAGUGACAAACCUGAAUGACUACAGAGAGAGUGUGUUUAAGCUGCUGCCCCAGCUCACCUACCUGGAUGGUUAUGACAUGGAGGACAGGGAAGCCUCUGACUCUGACGGAGAGGUGGACGGAGAUGGCGUAGAUGAUGAUGAAGAUGAAGAGGGAGAGGAGGAGGAAGAUGAGGAUGGAGAGGAGGAGGACUUUGACGAGGAAGAGGAGGACGAGGAAGACGAGGAGGAGGUAGAAGGAGAAGAGGAUGAUGAGGAGGUCAGCGGAGAAGAUGAGGAGGAAGAAUUUGGUCAGGAUGGGGAAGUAGAUGAAGAGGAUGAAGACGAGGAUGAAGAUGAAGACGGAGAAACUGGCAAAGGCGAGAAGAGAAAGCGAGACCCAGAGGAUGAUGAUGAGGACGACGAUGAUGAAGACGACGAUUAAGAGCAAAACUGAAAACAAGAGCCUACCAUGUUACCCUUCCUCCCCCACAAACCCGAACGUCCGCCCUCUUACAACUCGCACCGCCUUUGUAAUCCACGUCUACCCCCCCAGCUCUGAGCUCUUUUAAUGGGGCAAGACUGUACC